AUGAAAAGACUUCACCUUCUCUUAGGAAACAAUUCCCUAAAAGUGAUGAUUGCAGCGUUAAUUUUAUGAAUGAUUAUUAGUAUCCUUGCUUUAAGCUAUCUGAAGCCUCCAAGAGCUGAUAUCAAAGUAAUACUUAAAUAGACUGACAUCUCAAUGCCGAGCUUAGAAACUUGUCGAGAAGAAAUUAAAGGAGCAUUUAAGCAUGCUUGGUUUUCAUACAAGCGCUAUUCUUGAGGAUUUGAUGAAUUAAUGCCAGUUUCUAGGGUAGAAUCCAUAUAGAAUGGCAAGAAUUGGCUUUAUAUGGGAUCUACAAUUAUUGACUCAUUAGACACAUUAUGAAUUUUUGGUAUGGAUGAAGAAUUUAAAGAGGCUAAAGAAUGGGUGAAAAACUCGCUUGACUUCUCAGCUUGUGAUUGCGAAGUUUCUGUAUUUGAAGUCAAUAUCAGAAUUCUAGGAGGGCUUUUAAGUGCUUACUCCCUCCCUUCGUGAGCGAACAAAACCAUUGAGAAAAUCUGGGCAAAUCACCUCCGUGAGCGAACAAAAAUUUUUAAUAUAAAAAUGUUUUGAUAUAUAAGUGAUAAAUAGUAUAAUGGAAACUCUAGUUACUCUGUUGAAUUUAAACAGCUUGCAUUUUAAAACUUAAAAUUACAAAAUAAAUUAAUUUUUGCUUUAAAUUUUUUGUAUAAUUUUUUUUAAAAAAAUUACCCCCCUCUGUUAGCGAACAAAAAAUUUUGUUCUCUCACGGAGAUGGCAAGCUAUGAACUAUCAAAAGACUCUAUUUUUCUUCAAAAGGCAACAGAACUUGGAGAUUUAAUGGUCCAUUCAUUUACUCUACCUCAUAAUUUUCCCUAUCCAAAAUUCAAUUUCAAAAGAAAAACAGGAUCUAGUCUGGAUCGAUCAUUUUUAUCUAUUUUUGAGCCAAAUUGAAAAGAUACCUACUUAUCACUUGCUGGCUUUGGAAGUUUGCAGCUUGAAUUAUCUGCCCUAUCACAUCAUACAAAAAAUUCUAUCUAUGCUAAUCUUGCGAAUUCAAUAAUAAAACAUGUAUUCAAUAUCUGAAAAGAAGAUUUAUUUCCUAAUAAAAUUACACUUAAUGGAGAUUAUGUGGACAAAUUUUCAGUUGCUGCAGGCGUGGACAGCUUUUAUGAAUAUUUGUUGAAAGAAUACCUUCACACAAAUAAAACUAAUGAAUCACUUAAAGAGAGAUUUGUUAGAAGCCUAAAUGCAGUUAUAGACAACCUCGUAGGCCAAGACAGCUCUGGACUUUAUUUUUUAGGCUAUAAAUCGAAUAAUGCAUUAAUUCCAGAAUUCCAUCAAUUUGCUUGCUAUUAUCCAGGACUAAUGAUUCUUGCUGCCAACAGUCUUCCAUAUCUUGACAAACGUGAUGAGAUUAUUUUCUUAUCACAAGAAUUAGCUUCAACCUGCUACCAAAUGAACCAUAAAAGUGCAACAGGCCUUGCAACUGAAAGUGCUAUGAUAAAUAAUGGAAUACAGUUUCCUAUAUUAAAAAAUACAGAUCAUGGGCUCCGACCAGAGACAAUUGAGUCAUUUUGAUAUUUUUAUUAUUAUACACAUGACGCAAAAUACCAGAAAUGGGGAUGGGAAAUUUUUAAAGCCAUUCAAAAAUAUGCAAAACUGUCAGUAGGAUACUCCGAGCUACAAAACGCGAAUACAGUGCCACCUGGACGUACUGAUAGGAUGCAGAGCUAUUUUCUUGCUGAAACUUUAAAGUAUCUGUAUCUUUUGCUUUCUGAAGAUCAGCCUUUUGAUUUGGACGAAUGGGUUUUUAAUACAGAAGGCCAUCCAUUAAAAGUUAAUUAA